AUGUGUACCAGCAACUUCGUCAUCUGGGGACAGAGACGUAUUGAACCGCAUCAACCGCUAGUAGCGGGCCGUCAUCAUCUUGACCUUCGAGUACAACGACUUAAACUUGGAAAGGAAACUAAACUAGUCCGAGCUGUGUUUAAGGCAUUGGGAUAUACCGUAAAAGUGGUUGCGAUCGAGAUGACGGAAUCUCACGAGGAAGCUCGCGAGAAUAUCACAGCAGUCCUGAACAAGUUCCUCGCUAAGUCUCCGCAGAGUGAUAACCUCUUGCAGGUUUUCCACUAUCAUGGACAUGGAUUACACGGAGGAUGGGCCUCGUCUCGUUCUCGCAAGUAUAAGCUCACUUACGUUAAAGCCACAACGCUUCCAGCGGUCGUCGGAAAAAAUAAAUGGAGUUGUUCCGACAAGCUAUUGCGCUUACUAAAUCGGAUGGCAACGAAGAUGCUUUUGAUGAAGCCAUCAAGAUGUAUUGGCAUAGAAAGACAUUGUUGUGAAGCCGGAUUCGCCAUGUUGAACAACGAAGGCACCAGACCAACUAAUACUUCCCGCAAGGAGGUAAUUGGUGCGUGCGUCUGGGCUAUUAAUACGCAAGAUCAGAUGAGCCCUGCUCUGUGCAAGGUUCUUGGCGGUAUCAGGAAAAAGUCUCAGGACAUGUCCACAGACACUAUUAUCCAGAAGAUGAACAAAAUCCUCUCAGAAAAACCACACGUCGAGGAAAGCGAAAUCCAGCGUAGUCAUUCCGUAACGUGUUCCAGCGGACAAAAGGCCGGAGAUCGUCCUUCACGACCUGAAGCUUCAAUUCAGGACUGGAAAAUGAUGGCCAAUCCAGAUGAUAACUAA